GCCAGUCAGCCGCAAUGACACAUCGGAGUCGGAGAUGUUGAUCCAAUCACGUGGCUAGGAGUAGUUAUAUGACGCAAUGUCUCCGCCAAUAAAAUUGUCGGUUGGAGAUGCCUGAAGCCAGCCAUCAUAGCCUCCUGCGAAGGGGAAAUGUGGGAGCAGCGAGAUAGUAUCCAAGGAUCCGUCGUGUAAUAAAGUAUGAUUGGGCGGUCGUUUGUCCCGAACGGAUUAUCGCAUACGGACGACGCCGCAUGGGACCUUCUUGCACAUAACCCCCGCUUCAAUCCUCGACGCUUCGAUGGUACAGUUGUACACUGAUGCGCCACAGGCACUACCCGUGCUGUUGGCGUAUCUUCGGUAGUAAUAUCCUGCACUACGUAACGAGAACCACCCUGUAACGAGAUGACUUUACUAUUUAGAUUCGGAACACCUGUGCGGAUGAAGCAUGUAGCUGCAAUAGCAUUCAGUGCCACUCGCAAUUGGCCCCUUGCGGACAGGCUACUCAAGCCUCUCGGCCCAAACUGGGCUAAGGCAUUUGAGAAACAUUGUUCAGAGCUCCUAGCGAAGAAGAACAGGUCGCAGGAUUGAAACCGACAUAACAUAUAUGAUAAGGUUAAGUAUUGGUUCGAAGUGAUCGGAAAGUAGAACGUCUAUAUUAUGGAUGAGACUGGCAUAAUGCUAAGUAUGCUAAACUCAGUUAAAGCCCUAGUCGGUAAGGACGACACACACGCUUAUAGAGGUGCGCGCGUUAAGCGUACCAUGGUAACUGCUAUUGAAUGUAUUUCUGCAGAUGGCAGG